UCAAGUCUCAAGACAUAAGGUGAGUACAGAGAGAGAGCUAGCUAUAAAUAAUCAUAUCGACCUUCCAUUUUCAACACAAAAUAUUCCACACAUUGAAGAAAAAGGCUUGUGUUUUGUUUCUGCAAAUUUAGAAGCUCAAUCAGGCCAGAGCUUGCUUUGUUUUCGGAGUGGAACAUGGAAAACAUAGAGAACAGGCCAAGGUUCUCAAGCUGCAGGGGUGUCGCCUUUGAGAUCAGCCCACCAAGGGCAAGCCCCUUCUCGAUUAGAGAACCCCAGCCUGAGGCCGAAGGCCGCUGGGCAUGGCUCGCCAACAGGUCCAAGGUGCUCUCAAUUCCCUCUGCGUCUGCUUCGUUCAGGCGUUCAGUGAGCCGUGCUAGUAGCCAUUUUUGCGAUGUCGAAGUUGACGAAGAAGUCAAUGAUGAAAACCAGGAAGAUGGAGAGACGGACAUCGAGAAACAGUUGCAGAAGACACCCCCCGUUGCUCCUGUAGAGGCCACGCCGGUCUCUACUGGCGAGAAGAAGAAUAACGGGCGGUUUUACUCCAGGAUUUCAAUAAUGUUGCUUGACCAGGGGCUUUUCACUGUGUACAAGCGUCUAUAUGCGUUGUGCAUCACCCUCAACUGUGUGGCACUUGUGCUCGCGGCCACUGGCAGGUUUUCUUAUGCCCGAGGCCAUGCGACAGCUUUCGCUAUCGGCAAUGUCUUGGUCACGGUGCUCUGCCGCAGCGAGGCCUUCCUUCGCAUGGUUUUCUGGCUUGCGGUGAAGGUGCUAGGGCACCCUUUUGUGCCACUCCACCUUAAAACUGCAACCACCUCAUUCCUCCAGUGUCUAGGUGGGGUGCACAGCGGCUGCGGCGUAUCGGCUAUCGCAUGGCUUGUUUACGCGCUUGUGCUCACGUUGCAAGACAGGGAGAACACCUCCUCUGCCAUCAUAGGAGUAGCCUCCUCCAUCUUGGCUCUCCUCUGCCUCUCUGCACUUGCAGCCUUCCCCCUGGUGCGCCACCUCCACCACAACGUUUUCGAGCGCACGCAUCGCUUUACUGGAUGGGCCGCCCUUGCCCUCCUCUGGGCCUUUGUCCUACUUACUGCUUCCUUCGACCCGAUAUCCAAAUCAUACGACCUACAGAACGGCGCAGUGCUUGUAAACAAACAGGAAUUCUGGUUCACUGCUGCCACAACGAUACUCAUAAUCCUUCCAUGGCUCACCGUGAGGAGGGUCCCGGUACAGGUUUCAACACCCUCAGGGCACGCCAGCCUGAUCAAAUUUGAUGGUGGUGUAAAGCCAGGAAUAUUGGGCAGAAUAAGCCGGGCACCGCUUUCUGAGUGGCACGCAUUCGGGAUCAUAUCUGAUAAUGGCAAGACACACAUGAUGCUAGCAGGGGCAGUGGGCGACUUCACAAAAGGGCUGGUAACGCACCCGCCUCGCCACCUGUGGGUGCGGUCUUUGCACUUUGCAGGGCUGCCAUACCUGGUGAACAUGUACCAGAAGGUGCUGCUGGUGCCACAGGGUCCGGGAUAUGCGUGUUUCUAUCGCACAUGUUGCAACAGUGUGCGGCCGAGGUAUAUAGGGUACCCAAAAGAGAAGGUGAUACUCCAUGAUACUGCAACAAUGGGGAGGCCAAAUGUUGGUGAACUGAGUGUUAAAGCGGCUAAGAAGUGGGGCGUGGAGGCAGUUGUGGUCACCAGUAACCCAGAGGGUAGCAGGGACGUGGUUAAUGCUUGCAAGGCUGCUGGCCUCCCCGCCUUCGGCCCCAUAUGGGACUCCUGA